ACAAAAACAGUUGUGUGGGAGCCUGUCAAGCGGUAAGGUGGUGCAAAGUCUAGGAAUUUCAGUACGAUGAAAGAACUGCACUCACGGUAGAGAACUUCCUACCGUCCCCGGUAGUAUUUAGCAUUGAAAAGUGAUGUUGCUCGGUGCAGCUCGAACUCGGUUUAGUCAUAAUACAGCUAUCAAAAUCCCUCUGCUCAACACCACCGCACUACUGUACGUACGCAUUUCUUAGUGCAAACGGCACCAUUUACUUCACCAUAUGAUUGUGAUCGAAGCAGCCUCUCGAAGGGGAGAGGUAAACAGAUUGCGUGCGUAGCUCUCGACGCUAGUGAGUACAUAGGCCCGGGUUGUUCAGUUGCCGGGUGCGUGCCUGUCGCGAUUGUGUAAUAAAGUGAAGAGGAUCCACACAAGAUUCUUCCGUAUGGUUUACGUGUGCUCGCGGUAGAGGGCAUCUAGCUAGCGGAGGGCAUAAUAUUUGUGCCAGAAGGCAGAACAGAGUGACAAAAAGCGCUGUGUGCGCUUUUCCUGCCGAUCGACGCAAUGUCGGUCACUACUGGGGACAAAAUGUUAUCGGAAGACGGUACCUCGAACAAAGAAGUAUCGCCUACCAACAGUCACCGCUCGAUGCGCGAUAUGGACGCUUCCGAACGGAUCAGUAAAUCUGUGGAAAACAUGGACGACUACGGAGAGUCAACGGGGUUGCUGGAGCAGCCCGUGGCCUCGGUACGAUUACCGAUUAUAGGAAUGACCUGCCAAUCGUGCGUGCGCAACAUCGAAGGCACAAUUGGCAGCAAGCUCGGUGUGAUAAAGAUCAACGUAGUGCUGGCCGAGAAUGCCGGCUACAUCGACUACGAUCCAUCGCUCACCGAUCCGGCCCAGCUAGCAGCGGACAUCGAUGACAUGGGCUUCGAAUGUAGCUACACCGAACCCGGCGCAUCAUCCGCAUCAGCUCCAACCCGCUCCAUACUGGUCGAGGGUGUUGAAAGUGACAGUGAAACAGUGGGGCAUCACAAUGGUGAGGUCCGAACAGCGCGCAUACACAUCGAAGGCAUGACGUGCCAGUCCUGCGUAAGAAACAUCGAAGGAACGAUCAACGAUCGGCCGGGUGUGAUUUCGAUACGCGUGCUGCUCGAAGAACGAGCCGGACUGGUGGAGUACGACGGUCGCCAGACGACGGCGGAAAAGAUCGCAGAACAAAUCGACGACAUGGGAUUCGAGGCGCAGGUUGCUACCGGUGCACCGAACCAAGCGGAGCAACGGGCACGACCCUCUCCUCAGGCCAACGGAACGAAGCUGGCAGCAGGCAACGGUAGUCUUACGCCGAAAAAGAAGGACGACGAAGGAGCACAGCUACGACGAUGCUUUUUGCACGUGCAGGGUAUGACUUGUGCCAGCUGCGUGUCGGCAAUAGAGAAACAUUGUCGAAAAAUAUACGGCGUGGAGUCGAUUUUGAUAGCCCUGCUGGCGGCGAAGGCGGAGGUGAAGUAUGACGAACGAUUAACGUCCCCCGCGGACGUUGCCAAAUCCAUCUCCGAGCUUGGCUUCCCGACCGAAGUGCUUGAGGAGCCGGGAACGGGCGAAACGGACGUGGAGAUCGAAAUUCUCGGCAUGACGUGCGGUUCGUGUGUGGCGAAGAUCGAACAGACGGUGCUGAAGGUGCCGGGUGUGCUUCAGGCAUCCGUAGCGCUUACGCUCAAGCGUGGCCGAUUCACGUUCAACAACGAACGAACCGGUGCGCGCACAAUUUGCGAAGCCAUCGAAAACCUAGGCUUCGCGGCACGCGUGCUCUCGGGCAAGGAUAAAAUGGCGCACAGCUAUCUGGAGCACAAGGAGGAGAUCCGCAAGUGGCGCAACGCGUUUCUGGUUUCGCUCGUGUUCGGUGGCCCGUGCAUGGUAGCGAUGGCUUACUUUAUGGUGCUGAUGCACGAGCACAGCCACGAGGAGAUGUGCUGCGUAAUACCGGGGCUGUCGCUGGAGAAUCUGAUCAUGUUCACGCUCUCGACGCCGGUGCAGUUCUUUGGCGGGUGGCACUUUUACAUACAGGCCUAUCGGGCCGUUAAGCACGGUGCGAGCAACAUGGACGUGCUGAUCACGAUGGCCACCACGGUGAGCUAUCUGUACUCGGUCGGUGUGCUUGUCGCGGCGAUGGUACUCGAACAGCGUACCUCCCCGCUUACCUUCUUCGACACCCCGCCGAUGCUGUUCAUCUUCAUUUCCCUCGGCCGUUGGAUGGAGCACAUCGCCAAGGGCAAAACGUCCGAGGCGCUUUCGAAGCUCCUAUCGCUGAAAGCGACCGAGGCAACGCUGGUGACGCUCGGCGCGGACUACACGGUACUGUCGGAGAAGAUCAUCUCGGUCGAUAUGGUGCAGCGUGGCGACAUUCUGAAGGUGGUGCCGGGCAGCAAGGUGCCGGUGGAUGGGAAAAUUCUGUGCGGCAAUUCCACGUGCGACGAAAGCUUGAUCACGGGUGAAUCGAUGCCGGUGCCGAAGCGUAAGGGAGCGGUCGUGAUCGGUGGUUCGAUCAAUCAGAACGGGUUGCUGUUGAUGCAGGCGACCCACACCGGGGAGCAUACGACGCUUGCCCAGAUCGUCAAGCUGGUGGAGGAAGCGCAAACGUCGAAAGCUCCAAUCCAGCAGCUGGCCGACCGGAUUGCGGGCUACUUCGUGCCGUUCGUCGUGACGGUUUCGGUGGUUACGCUGAUCGGGUGGAUCGUGUCCGGGUACAUCGAUAUCGCCCACAUUCCGGCAAGCGAUCGCGAUAAGGAAGGACUAACGCGUUCGGAAAUAAUCAUCAGCUAUGCGUUCCGCUGUGCGCUCAGUGUGCUUGCCAUCGCUUGCCCGUGUGCGCUUGGGCUUGCCACCCCGACCGCGGUCAUGGUUUCGACGGGCGUCGGCGCACUGCACGGCAUUCUGGUGAAGGGUGCCGGUCCGCUGGAGAACGCGCACAAGGUGAAAACGAUCGUGUUCGAUAAGACGGGCACGAUUACGCACGGCAUGCCAAUGACGUCGCGCAUCUGCCUGCUGGUGCGACCGGCCGUCUGCUCGCUGGCACGUGCCCUUACCAUCGUUGGAUCGGCCGAGGCGAACAGUGAACAUCCAAUCGCCACCGCCAUCGUGAAGUACGUGAAGGAAACGCUCGAAAUAGACAGCUUUGGCAGGUGCAGCAAUUUCUCGGCCGUGCCCGGGUGUGGUAUCCGGUGCGUCAUUUCGAACGUAGACGACACACUGAAGCGUGUGCAGCAAUCGGAACGGAUGCGCAACUAUCAAAACUCGUACCGCAGCGAUCAGCAGCAAUCGCUCUCGAUGAACGGUGCGAUCGUGGAGGAGCUGAUUCCGCAGCUCAGUCCAUCGCAGAAGAACACGAUCGAGCUGCAGCAGCUGCUACACCUGGAGCCUAUCGGGGAAGGACCGACGGGUGCGGGCAAUGCGGCGUCGGAAGCGUUCGCCGACGUGAACGAGUACAACGUGCUGAUUGGGAAUCGGGAAUGGAUGGCACGGAAUGCGAUCGUCGUACCGCCCGAGGUCAACAUCCGCAUGUCGGAGGAGGAACAGAUGGGCCAUACGGCGAUCCUGUGUGCGAUAAACGGGCAGCUCGUUUGUAUGCUAUCCGUGUCGGAUAUGGUCAAACCGGAGGCACACCUGGCCGUGUACACGCUGAAGCGGAUGGGCAUUGAGGUGAUACUGCUGACGGGCGAUAAUAAAAAUACGGCGGCGAGUAUAGCCCGCCAGGUGGGCAUCAAUCGUGUGUUUGCGGAGGUGCUACCGUCACACAAGGUGGCCAAGAUUCAGCGAAUACAGGAGAUGGGUGUGCGCGUGGCGAUGGUCGGGGACGGUGUGAACGAUAGUCCGGCGCUGGCUCAGGCGGACGUAGGAAUCGCGAUCGCUUCCGGUACGGACGUGGCGGCCGAAGCAGCAGAUGUGGUCCUAAUGCGGAAUGAUCUGCUCGAUGUGGUAGCCUGCUUGGAUCUGUCCCGCAAGACGGUGCGAAAGAUUCACAUGAACUUCCUGUUCGCCAGCAUGUACAAUGUGUUGGGCAUUCCGCUAGCUGCCGGCAUCUUUACACCGUUUGGAUUUACGCUUGAGCCUUGGAUGGCAUCGGCGGCCAUGGCGGCAAGUUCCGUGUCGGUGGUGUGUUCCUCACUCUUGAUCAAGCUGUACAAAAAGCCGACGCAGGCCUCGCUACAAACACCGGAGUACGUUCAGCUGACGGAGGCCGGAGCGUUCCUCGAUCCGGACGCGAUCUCGGUGCACCGCGGACUCGAUGAUAUACCGCGCCCGAACUUGGCUCGCUCGACUAGCUCCACACUGGCCAAGUUGUUCGGUCGGGGCAAAGACUCGAAGGAGGAUGGACUGCUGGCGACACUGGACGACGAUGAGUUCUCGGUCGACAUCCUCAAAACAUCGAAUGUGAGCAUUUACAAAGACGCAACGGAGCUUCAGAAGCUAUAGAACAGAACGAUUCCGUCGCCACAAUGCUGGGCGGGGCGGGGUAAAGGUAAAGGGUAAAGCACGUGCCCGGGACAGUGUUUACAGUGAUUCUUGGCAGCAGACGAGUGGGUAUUUACCUUUUCUUUUUAUUUACCAACGGCGUACUACUCUGCUCUGCUGUCAAGUGCAGCCAUACACGCACAGGAUCCCGGGCACGGGCGUACCGCUUUGCUCAUUGCUGUGCUUUGAGUUCCCCCCCCUCUUUUCAGGUUUGCCCUUUCUUUUACCAGUUUGUUUGUAUCCUUGUGGUUUUUUGAAAGCUCGUCCUGCUUUCCUCUGUUAUUCGUGUGCAUGUGAUAUAAGCAACGUUCGGCUAGGCAGUGGUACGAGCACAGUGACCAAUAAUUUAUGCAUAUGAUUAUUACCAGUACUCGUCCUGUACUUAUAACUUCUGCAAUCGCCCCCGUACCAGUUUGGCAAAGUGAACUUUUUUUUUUAUAUAUACACACAUAACACGCCUUUUACCAAAAGACUUGUAAAUAAAAUAUAUAGUAUUUUUUGUA